CAUUAAAGAAAAGAAUCCUUGAAUUAUAUUAUAAAUCUUUCAAAACACGGCGUGAAAAAAAAAUGUUUGCUACGUCAGCUUUCAAUACAGUUUAACAUUGUUGGACUAUAAUUCUGGUAAACAUGCUUUCCGAGUUGAUAUGGAGCUCCGGAAGGACGAAAAGGCUUAAUGUUUGAGCUAAAUACAAGUCCGUUUUAAAGGGGAGAGUACUGGAGUUACAAACUGGCUCCCCUUUCUUCUUGUUUUCUGCGACUCGGAGGCGUUUAUUUUUUUUAUGUUCACAAUGUUAGUUCCGCGGGGAGUCCGGAAGAUGCUGGAAGGGGUGUUUCUCUGAAGACGAAUUUUCAGAAGGAGAAGAGUGGCGGCUGCUACUUGCUCCCCCGUCUGAUUGUUUAAAUCAGAGCGUUAAGGAGGAGGUGGUGGGGUUGUAAAUUGUCCUUUUAAAAAUAAAAAAGCUAAGCACUUUAAAUUGUUGGAUAACAACGAUGUAAUGGCGAACUCUACUUUGCUGUGACGAUGAGUUCUUGCUUUGUACCAAACGGGGCCAGCCUGGAGGAUUGCCAUUCCAAUCUAUUCUGUCUGGCUGACUUGACUGGGAUUAAAUGGAAAAGGUUCGUGUGGCAGGGUCCCACAACUUCUCCAAUUCUUUUCCCAGUGACAGAGGAAGACCCCAUCUUGUGCAGCUUCAGUCGCUGCCUGAAGGCUGAUGUGCUUAGUGUAUGGCGGCGAGAUCAAACUCCUGCAGUUAGAGAUUUAUGGAUAUUUUGGUGGGGUGAUGAUCCUAACUUUGCUGAACUUAUUCAUCAUGAGUUAAAGGAAGAAGAAGAUGGGGUCUGGGAGAAUGGACUUUCUUAUGACUGCCGUACUUUACUCUUCAAGGCUGUUCAUAAUCUUCUUGAGAGAUGUUUGAUGAACCGGAACUUUGUACGCAUUGGGAAGUGGUUUGUGAAGCCUUAUGAAAAAGAUGAGAAACCCAUAAAUAAAAGUGAGCACUUGUCCUGUUCUUUCACUUUCUUCUUGCAUGGAGACAGCAAUGUUUGUACCAGCGUGGAAAUCAACCAGCACCAGCCUGUAUACCUCUUAAGUGAAGAACAUCUUACUCUUGCCCAGCAGUCUAACAGUCCUUUUCAUGUUAUAUUGAGCCCCUUUGGAUUGAAUGGCACUCUCACUGGACAGUCAUUCAAACUGUCUGACCCUCCUACUCAGAAACUCAUAGAAGAAUGGAAACAGUUUUAUCCUAUGACAUCAAGCUUCAAGGAUACUUCUGAGGACAGACAGGAGGAGAUGGAUUGGGAGGAUGAUUCUUUGGCAGCUGUGGAAGUUCUUGUUGCCGGAGUGAGAAUGGUUUACCCAGCAAGCUUUGUAUUGGUUCCUCAGUCAGACAUGCCUGUUGCUAGCUCUGUUGCGUCUUCUCAAUGUACAGCCACAUAUGCAAGUGUCCACCAAGUGCCUGUUUCUACAAGGGAUCCUGCAAUGUCAUCUGUAACACUGACACCUCCUACAUCCCCUGAAGAGGUGCAAACUGUUGACUCUCGCUCUGCACAAAAGUGGAUGAAGUUUUCUUCAGUUUCAGAUGCAUUUAAUCCAGACAGCACCAGUCAUCAUGGUGGCAAAGUUCCCAGAAAACUGGCAAAUCAGGUCGUUGACAGGGUGUGGCAGGAGUGUAAUGUUAACAGAACCCCAAACAAGAGAAAGUAUUCUUCUAGCACUAGUGGAGUUUCUGAAGAAGUAGUUGAAAAGAUCGGAUGCUGGGAUUUUGUUGAUGCUGUCCAAAGAACAAAUUGCAAUUGUUCAAGGCACAAAAGUCUGAAACAAAGAACUGCUGGUCCCCAUGGACAGCCUCAGUCUCUAAAUCAGCAGCAGCAACAAAGUGCAAAACACAAAACAAAUGAGAAGCAAGAAAAGGGGGAGAAACCACAGAAACGACCACUUACUCCUUUCCACCAUCGAGCAUCUUUGUGCGAGGAUGUUCCUCUGGAUUCAGAUUCAUCCAGUCAGAGACUAGGUAUCCGGCCACAGGACAGUGGCGGUAGAUUUACGAACAUUAGACCCAGUGAUGCAGCUAAAACUCCUCAAAUGCAUGUCCCUGAAAUAGGUUCACCGCCGCCACCACCUCUAAGUCCUCACCCUUGUGAUAGGGCUGAUGAAGUAGCAGAAGUAAUAAAAAAUCCCUCCACUCCCCAAAGUCAGCAUUUUUAUCAGAUGCCUACUCCAGAUCCUUUAAUUUCCUCCAAGCCUGUUGAAGACAGAGCAGACGUUUUACCUCAGCCUUUCCCAGCUCAUUUCCCUGAAAAUUUGGAACUUACGGUAUAUAUUGGUGCAGCAGUAUCUACUGAAGGUGAUGGUGCUGAUUCUGCUUGGAAGUUUUAUAAAGUUCCCCAGAAACAUGACACUGAAUUCUUACCCCCUGCUUUUCCAUGUGAAAAACACAGAGAAGAACACCUGGGAUUCACAGCACAGGAGAAUGUAAAAUCUGUUACUGAAGUGAUGGCUCAUUCUAAGAAAUCAAUGAAAGUUUCAGAUGAGCUUAUACAGUAUUAUCAGAGUAAAAAUCACCAUUUAAUGUCUGUCGUUCCUGAUGUCAACCAAGAACCAGAUUCUGAUCCCUAUGCAUUUGUUGAUGUGGAUGACGGUGAUGUAGAAAUAAUUUUCGAUAAGAAGGAUAAGCAGAAUUUUGAGAGAGAGGGAAAGAAGAAUAAGGGGGACUCACCUUCUCAUUCUUCUGACAAUGGACAGCGUGGUGCUACUCACGUCCGCACUGCAUCCACCAGCCUGAUUCAUGAAACUGAUCUUGUUGUUUCUUACACUGACCUCGACAAUCUCUUCAAUUCUGAUGAAGAUGAUCUUGCUCCUGGAUCGAGACGAAUAGCGAGUGGCUCAGAUGAGAAGACCAGCAACAAAGAUUCAAAACCAGGAACACUAGACCCACUCUCUUGCAUAAGUUCUGCAGAUCUCCAUAAAAUGUUUCCAACCCCUCCAUCACUUGAGCAACACAUCAUGGGCUUCUCUCCAAUGAACAUGAACAAGGACUAUGGCGCUAUGGAUACUGUUGCCGGUAUGACUUUAUUAGAUGGCAACAGCUCUUCUACAGGAGGACAGUUCAAAAUCGAAGUAGAUGAGGGAUUUUGCAGCCCUAAACCUUCUGAAGUCAAGGAUUUCUCUUAUGUCUACAAACCAGAAGCAUGCCAGGCUUUAGUUGGCUGUUCCAUGUUUGCUCCACUGAAAACACUUCCAAGCCAUUGUUUGCCUUCUGUAAAACUGCCAGAGGAGUGCAUAUAUCGACCCAGCUGGACUGUUGGCAAACUUGAACUCCUUCCUGCAGUACACUCAAUGCCUUUUAUUAAAGAUGGAAAUAUUCCAAGUGUUGGAAGUACACUGGAUCAGGAUUAUGUGCAGUCCUAUACACCACAGACACACACACCUUUUGGAAUGAAUAGUGCACCACCCAGCAAUAGUGGAGCAGGAAUUCUUCCAUCACCUGCUACCCCUCGUUUUUCAGCUCCUACUCCCAGAACACCUAGGACUCCUCGGACUCCAAGAACAGGUGGUGGGCCAGCCAGUGUUCCAGGUUCAGUAAAAUAUGAGAGCUCAGACCUGUAUUCACCAGCUUCUACACCAUCAACAUGCCGGCCACUGAGUUCUGUUGAACCAGCUACUGUUCCAUCCAUCCCGGAAGCUCAUAGUCUUUUUGUAAACCUUAUCCUUUCAGAGUCUGUUAUGAACUUGUUAAAGGACUGCAAUUUUGACAGUUGCUGCAUUUGCGUUUGUAACAUGAACAUCAAAGGUGCAGAUGUAGGGGUUUAUCUUCCAGAUCCGUCACCUGAAGCACAGUAUCGGUGUACCUGUGGCUUCAGUGCUGUAAUGAACAGAAAAUUUGGAAACAAUGCAGGUUUAUUUCUUGAGGAUGAAUUGGACAUUGUGGGACGAAAUAUGGCAUAUGGGAAAGAAGUAGAGAAGCGCUUUGAUACCCUGAGAGCUUCUUGCAUUGAACGUUGUUUUGGAGGCGUUAAGGAUAUUGAGAAGAUCCCUGAUGACUUGAUUCUUUUGCUGCAGGAUCAGUGCACAAACUUGUUUUCCCCAUUUGGCGUUUUGGAUAAUGAUUCUUUGCCAAAAACAAAUUUAGCUAGCAACCUUGUACGUGUUGAAGAACGGGAUUGUUGCAAUGAUUGUUAUUUAGCACUAGAGCAUGGACGACAGUUCAUGGACAACAUGUCAGGUGGCAAGGUGGAUGAAGCCCUUGUUAGAAGUACUUGUUUACAUCACUGGUCUAAAAAAAUGGUGACUGUGGAUGUGAGCAUGCUUUGUUCACAGGAUGUCCUUCGUAUGCUGCUUUCCCUCCAACCAGUUCUGCAGGAUGCUAUUCAGAAAAAACGUACUAUCCGAUCAUGGGGAGUACAGGGUCCUCUCACAUGGCAGCAGUUCCAUAAAAUGGCUGGCCGAGGCACAUAUGGAACUGACGAAUCCCCAGAACCACUGCCCAUCCCUACAUUUCUUGUGGGAUAUGACCAUGACUUCUUAGUGCUGUCUCCAUUUGCUCUGCCGUAUUGGGAGAGGUUAAUGUUAGAACCUUAUGGAUCUCCGAGGGACAUUGCCUAUGUGGUCAUCUGCCCAGAGAAUGAGGCUGUGCUCAGUGGAGCCAAAACUUUCUUCAGAGACCUUACAGCAGUGUAUGAGUCUUGCAGACUUGGCCAGCACAGGCCGAUAUCCAAACUACUUCCCGAUGGCAUCAUGAGGGUUGGACCCACUUCAGCAAAGAAGCUUCAUGACAAACCUGUUAGUGAUUGGUUCUCUCAGGCAAUAAGUGGCAACAGUGACAUGUUCGUCAGACUAAAGCUUUAUGCACAAGUGUGCAGACAUGAGCUAGGUCCAUAUCUUGCUGCUCAACAGUUGGACAGUUCUAUGCUUUCUCAAGCAAAUCCUGUUUCCACCAGUCACUCAACUUCAGGACAGCCUCAGGUUGCACUGAAUGCAAAUAAUUUGUCUGCUCCCUGUUCUACUCCGGCUACAGCUUCUAACAGCACUAUGGCUGUGACCUCUAGUACUACAGUAACUUCAGCCACCUCUUCCUCUUCAACUUCCACAGCUAUAGCAAAUGGACUUACUACAGCUAAAGCACCGUCCUUCAUGCCAUAUGGGAAUAUAACAAACAGCACUGCAGGCUCUCUUCCAUCUCAGAGCAGCUUAUCCCAAAAUGGGCAGUUGGGGCAACAGACAUCACAGAAUUCUUGUGCAGCUGUAGAAACUGGUUUGACAUCUGCUUGUGGGCAAGCACAGCAAGAAGUUUCUGAAAGCACAAUGGAUCGGGAUAAAGUUGGUAUUCCUACAGAUGGUGAGUCUCAUGCCAUUACUUACCCACCAGCCAUUGUUGUGUACAUCAUUGAUCCCUUUACAUAUGAGAAUACCGAUGAUGGUUCUGAUUCAUCUGUACAGUGGACACUGGGCCUUCUCCGUUGCUUCUUGGAAAUGAUGCAGGUCUUACCAUCUCACAUUAGAAAUGCAGUAUCUGCACAGAUUGUGCCAUGCCAGUAUUUGUUACAACCUGUGAAGUUUGAAGAGCGCCAUACCUAUGCUCAGCACUUGAAGUCUCUGGCAUUUUCAGUGUUUACUGAAUGCAGAAGACCACUGCCAUAUUCCACCAAUGUGAAAACUUUGACAGGAUUUGGUCCUGGCCUUGCACUGGAAACUGCUCUUAAGAAUCCAGAGAGACCAGUGUGUGUACGACUGUACACUCCUCCCUUUAUCUUAGCCCCUGUAAAGGAUAAACAGACUGAACUUGGAGAAACAUUUGGAGAAGCUGCCCAGAAAUACAAUGUCCUUUUUGUAGGCUACUGUUUGUCACAUGAUCAGCGGUGGCUUCUAGCAGCAUGUACUGACCUCUAUGGGGAGCUAUUGGAGACUUGCAUCAUAAACAUCGAUGUACCUAACAGAGUUCGGAGAAAGAAGGGGUCAGUUCGUCGACUAGGCCUGCAGAAGCUGUGGGAGUGGUGUUUGGGACUGGUACAGAUGACAUCAUUGCCUUGGCGAGUUGUCAUAGGUCGAUUAGGGAGAAUUGGACAUGGAGAGCUGAAAGACUGGAGUUGCUUGCUGAGCCGCCGAAACUUGCAGUCUCUUAGCAGAAGGUUGAAGGAAAUGUGCAGGAUGUGUGGCAUCUCUGCUGCUGAUUCUCCAAGCAUUCUCAGUGCUUGCCUAGUGGCAAUGGAACCGCAGGGUUCUUUCAUUAUUAUGCCAGAUUCUGUAUCAACAGGGUCUGUGUUCGGACGCAGCACUACCCUGAAUAUGCAGACAUCACAGCUGAAUACACCCCAGGACACAUCAUGUACGCAUAUACUGGUGUUCCCAACUUCUGCUUCAGUACAGGCAGCACCUUCUACAGACGUGGACCUCCCCUUCAACCCAAAUAAUGAUGGUGCAGAUGGAAUGGGCAUUUUUGAUUUGCUGGGUGGCCCACCAGAUGAUCUUGAUCCUGAUAUUAUCAGCAUUUUGCCUGCAUCUCCCACGGGGUCCCCCAUUCAUUCACCAGGAUCUCACUACCCACCUGGAGGCGAUACUGGCAAGGGUCAGAGUACAGAUAGACUGCUGUCGACUGAAUCACAUGAUGAAGUCACAAACAUUUUACAGCAGCCAUUGGCUCUUGGUUACUUUGUGUCAACUGCUAAGACUGGUCCACUACCCGAGUGGUUUUGGUCUGCCUGUCCCCAAGCACAAAAUCAGUGUCCAUUAUUCCUCAAGGCCUCUCUGCACCUUCAUGUGCCUUCAGUGCAAUCAGAUGAACUACUUCAUAGUAAACACUCCCAUCCGCUUGACUCAAACCAAACAUCAGACGUCCUCAGGUUUGUUCUGGAACAGUACAAUGCCCUGUCUUGGCUAACCUGUGAUCCUGCUACCCAGGACAGGAGGUCAUGUCUCCCAGUUCAUUUUGUGGUGCUUACUCAGUUGUAUAACUUCAUCUUGAAUAUGCUGUGAUCAUCUGUGGAGCAAAUCUGCAAAAGAACAAGCAAAAGGGAAUUUUUGUCUAAUGAACUUCAGAGAAAGACUCUUAAUUACUGACUUGGUGCAAGCCACUUGUGGCAAGGUUCAAAACCUUGUUACUCCUCCCCACAAAAAUGUUCUUCUGUUUAUAAAGGGGAAUAUUUAAGUUUCACUACCCCAAAAGUCACUACAGAGAGUGUGAAUGUUACUUGGAAAGAAGAGAAUUUCUGAGCACCUGUAAUACCUUCUAAGCCCCUAGACUACUGCAAUAGUAUUUGUGGGAAAGUAACAAGCCAGUGUACCUGGUUCACAGUAUGUAAACAUUAGAAGUAUUGGAAAGGAAGGGACUUGAAUCAUUGGAUAAUGAGGAAUUUGUCUUUUGUGAUACUCAAGAUGUUAUAUUAUUGGAUUAUAGUACAUAGAACCAAUAUUCAAAAUGCCUGCAUCUCUUAUUUAUUGUAAGUUUUUAAAUGUAAAAAUUGUCUUAUAUUUCUUAACGUUUUAUAAAAAAAAUGUUUUCCUAGAAGGUUUAUACCACCUUCUUGCUUUAAAGCAAUUGGUCUAAGAAAUAUGUAAUCGUCUUAAUUAAAAGUUGCAAGUAGAUUGCUUUUAGAGGAUUUUUUGUAAAGGGGGGGUGGGACAGUAAUUUGUAUUGUCUUGAUGUACAGUUUGAAGGGGGUGGGUGGGGGUUAAAGUCCAUACCGUGUGUGUGGGAAAUUUACAGCUAAGCUGUAGUUGCAGAGUACAUGUACAGUAAUGAACUUCACUGUGUUUAUAAAUUGAAAAGGUACCAGGUCUUAACAGCUUUUUGUAUCACAAGUUUGCAAACUUAAAAAAAAAAACAAAAAAAAAACCAAAUGGCAAUAUAAUAGUAAUAUACUACUAAAUGAUUGCAUCUCUAGUGAGAAUCAAGUGACCGAACAUAUGUGAAAUUGUGUUGUGGUUUAGGCUGCAGCUAACAUUUGGACCUUCAUGGUUUCCAUCAUAUUACUUAUGUUAGUACUCUGUGUACAGAGUAAAAAUACAUGAAAAUCGUAAAAGCAAUUGUGCCGAUUUGGGAGAGCAGUGUUGUAAUUUAUAUUAAGUUACACUAUGAGCCAUUAGCAGUUUUUUGAGAGGAAGAACUGGAUCAUCUUGGGCUAAAUGUCCUGGGUUGGGGGUAGGUAAUAUUGUGAGGGAUAUAUUUGUAUAAAAAUGAUGGAAACUCUGAAGUUUAGCCCAGCCAAAGCCAUUUUGCAAUGUUUUUUAAAGCUGUAUUAUUUUAGUAUUUUCAUAUACGAACUGUGGUAUUCAGGCCAUAUCUGUUUGCAUAGGAGGACGCUUUUCUUUUUACCAGUACCUUGAAUGUCAAGCAUUUUCAGAUUUCACUAUAUGCUUAUUUUUAUGUUUGUUUCUUUAAAUGCAAAGGAAAGCACUUGUACCUACAAAACUCAGUUCACGGGAUUUCUCACUGGAAUUUAGGUUGGUAGUAUAGUUAUUUACAGUCAACAGAAUUGGCAUCUUUAAAUUAUGUACAUAGCUAUAUAUAUAUAGAUAUAUAUAUAUAUUAUAUAUAUAUAUAUAAAUAAAAUGUCUGCAACAUUUGUUUCUAUUGUAUAAAGAAAAAAUGUACAAACUAAAUUUUAUGGCAGUUAAUCAUUUCUUCAGAACUAAUUCAGUGCAAUCGGUAUAGGUCAGCAUAUUGUAGUAUUUACAUUUCCAGAUUGACUGCAGCUUUGUGUGUUUUGGAAUUCCUUUACAGUACUGGACCAGAGCAUGUGUUCAUCUUCAGUCUUUUAGUACCUAGGUAAAUGUUAGCUUCCCAGCAGUGGUCUCUCAAAAGUACUCGGCAUAAGCAACAUGUUGCUUUCUUUAUACAUGCACAUUACUGCGUCUGCCAUAGUUCUUUUCAUCAGUCUAAUUUUUCCCUUGACUGAAACAUUUGAAGUAUGUAAGAUCUUGUCCAUUUCAUUGGUUUUAUGUCUGUAUUAUGCUUGGUGUACAUUCAUAAACACACAUUGAGGCUUUUAGUGAUUUGACCUACAGCAGUUCGAGUGGUGAUGGGCAAGUAGUUUGCCUUUUUUUUUUUUUUUUUUUUUAAACUAUGUAUUCAGUUUCAGUGAUAUUUGGUAUCCUGCUUAAUCUUGCAGGCUUUUCUUUCAAAUUAGUUUGCCUGCAAGUUAGUAAUAAUGUAGAUCCUGUGUAUCAUUUAUUUUACACAUAAUGAGAAGAUAUGAUCACUUCUGUAUUUUAUUUUAUUAGUACACAAGUACUAAUAAAAUGUUCUGUAUUUGAGUUGGAGAGCGAAUCUCAAAUUUUCUUGUGUUGAUUGCCUUCCAUAAUUACCAUUGAACUCCAGAAGUUCACCCUAGUGAGUUGAAUUACCUUAACAUGGUUCUUGAUAGAAGUAAUUUGUUAUCUAGUCAAAUUUUGGUGAUUUUAAACAUUUCCAUCGUUUUGCUUUCGAGUUCAACUUAAAUUGGCAUCACUGUUCAGACUGUAGGUGCUUCUGAAGAAUAGCAAUGCUGCAUGUUCCAAUUUAGCAACAUUUUAGAACAUUUUGCAGCUAAGUUAGAAAUCUAUACCCAAGACUGGGAAUUAAUGACCACUUUACUAAGAUGUAGCUUCUCUCUUAUUUUUUUUAACCGUUGGCCUUCAGAAAUAUUUCAUGUGUUAGAUGUUUAGUAUGAAGCAGUAUACAUCUGUGAAAAUAGCAUCUUGGUAUAUUUGUAUCUGCGUGAGAAAUCUUUAGUUACUUGGAGACUUUUUUGAUCAAAAUGUACAAAAUUGUAUUAUAACAGAUGAUUUGAUAUUUAUAUUUCAAGAAAUGCUUGAAAUGUUGAAAUGUGGGCUUGUAUACACUUCACUCUUUAUACCCAUGAAGCAUUCACAUGUCUAAUAAUGUUUGAAUGUUAGAAAAAUCUGCAUUUUUGCCUUAGACUUAGAACUGAAAUCUUAGACAGUUUUGAUUAAGAAGACACAUGUCUUCAUUUGUAUUUACGUAUUUUGCCAUUCUUUUUCAGAAUACUAAUGUGAUGCCAACUUUCAGUUUAACUCAAUACUAAUCACUCUGUGGUGUUGCCCACAUCUGUUGAGUGAGCUGUAUUGUCCUGUUAAAGCCAAUAGCAUUUCAAAGGCCGACCACAAAGAGAUUUGCUGUAACAUAAACUAAUAUAGGGUAUUCAGUGUCGUUAUUAAGCACAUUAAAUGUGAGAAAAUUACUUCAGCUAAACAAGUAAUGCUGAAAGCUCCUUUCUUGUUCAUAUGAAAGGAUUUUCUCAAAUUGUCACAUUUUAUUUUCUUUCUGACUCUCCCCACUCUAGGCACCCGACAUCCAGCUUGCCUCCGCUUGGGAAUGUCACAAUUAGCUUACUGCCAUUAGAGGCAGCAGAAUUUAAGGGAAAAUUGCAUUAAGUAUAGAAAUAUUUUCCAGUAGAUCCUGCAUUCUAAGGAUGCCAGUUAACUUUCCAGUUUAGUAGUUUUACAUGGCAGUUAACACUUUAUGUGAAAUUAAGACUGUGACAUGUCACAGCAUUGCUGUAUUGCACAUGAAUGGCUGGCUGGGGGUCAAGAGCUAAAAUUAGGUGAUUUUUGUAUUUAUAGGAUUCACUUGUGUGAUGGUGCUCUCUAGGCUAAAAUGCUUAUAAAAUGAAAAAGUACAGUUGGCAACCAGUGUUUAGUAAUCGGUUUGUCUUGGGAAAUUGACAUGCAUGUUUGCGAUAUAGGGCCUUAUCUAGUAGUUUUAUGUUUUGAGUCCUGUUGAAAAAAAUUUUAUCACAUUUCUUGCAUCUGGUUCACCGCUGUUAUUGUUAUUCACACAGCCAGCCCUUGAAUGUUCAUUCUGAUGCUGUUUACUGAUGGCAUAAUUCUCUUGCUCACCUUCAUAUACUGUUUAAGCUUUUUACAAAAUCCUUAGUAGAUGUAUAAUUGUUGAUAUUUGCUAUCAAUUGACAUUCAUAGCUAUAUUUUUUCUUGCAAGCUACCUGAACAUUUUAAAGCUACCAGAUUUUCUUUCACUACAUUUUAAUAGCUGUUGAUCUGGGAAGAUGACAUUUUUCCAACCAGUAUUUUAAUAGCUAUUUUUCUAUAACAGUUAGAGAUAUUUAACACUUGAUGUAAUUUUUAUAUAAACUCUACAACAUUUUGUGUAUUUUGUUGUAUGAUACCAAGCAAGAGGUAAUUGAAACGGAAAUAUUAUGUUUGGGUCACAAUUGACAGAAUGUGAACACUGCUGUUCUGUGAAUAGAUUUUAGUUCUGUAAUGUAAUAAAUAUAUAUUUUUGCAACAAAGAAACAAGCUAAUUUCUCUCUGCUGAAAUGUCUAAUUUUGUUUUUAUUUGAGAUAGCCCCACUUCUUUCUUGGGACCAAUAUAUUUCAAAAUGAUUUUUUUUUUGGAAACUAAGUUCACUAGUGUCUGCAUUUAAAACAGGCUAGACUAUUGGACUUGAAAUCCAGGUUUCAAAAAGCACAUAUAGGAACUAAUGCCAUUUCACUGUAUUAAUACUGAGACUGUUCAGAUCAUUGGGUCAGAUUUAGAAAUAAGUUCUAUGCUCAGUUUUUUAUUAGUAAUUUUAAAUUCUUGUCUGGAUUUUUCACAACAGUCAAAUCUGGAAAUUCUGGAGGAACAAACACUAAUGCUACCAAUUGCCGUAGGCACUGAGUUGUACAAAUUGUGGUUGAGAAAAUGAAAAAAGUUUAUACUUUUUAAACUGUUUCAAAUGGAAUAAAUUAUUCAUAAAGUA